GCGUCGCCGCGGUGCCCGGUUAUAAAGUCCCCGCGGACCCGCCCGGACGCAGAGUCUCCCCAGACCGCGAGGAUGGCGGUCCCGGCGCCCCGAGCCCCGCUCCUGCUGCUGUGGGGGGCCCUGGCCCUGACGGAGACCCGGGCGGGCUCCCACUCCCUGAGGUAUUUCGCCACCGCCGUGUCCCGGCCCGGCCGCGGGGAUUCCCGCUUCGUCUACGUCGGCUACGUGGACGACACGCAGUUCGUGCGGUUCGACAGCGACGCGGCGAGUCCGAGGAUGGAGCCGCGGGCGCCGUGGGUGGAGCGGGAGGGGCCGGAGUAUUGGGACCGGGAGACUCGGAUCGCCAAGGGCAACGCGCAGACUUUCCGAGUGAACCUGCGGACCGCGCUCGGCUACUACAACCAGAGCGACGGCGGUGAGUGACCCCGGUCGGGUCACAGGUCACGACCCCUCCCUGUCCCCACAGAGUACCCCGCGUCGCCCCGAGUCCCCGGGUGGAGAGUCACCCCAAGGCUCGGGACUUGCCGAGACCUUCGACCCCUGACGAGCCCGGGGACUCUCACCCGGUUUCAUUUUCGGUUUAGACCAAAAUCCCCGCGGGUGGGGGGCGGGGGCGAGUGGGCGUGGCUGACGGCGGGGGCGGGGCCAGGCUCUCACACCAUCCAGAAGAUGUACGGCUGCGACGUGGGGCCCGACGGGCGCCUCCUCCGCGGGUACCGGCAGUACGCCUACGACGGCGCCGACUACCUCGCCCUGAACGAGGACCUGCGCUCCUGGACCGCGGCGGACACGGCGGCUCAGAUCACCGAGCGCAAGUGGGAGGCGGCCGGUGUGGCGGAGCAAUACAGGGCCUACGUGGAGGGACGGUGCGUGGACGGGCUCCGCAGAUACCUGGAGCACGGGAAGGACACGCUGCUGCGCGCGGACCCCCCAAGGACACAUGUGACCCACCACCCCAUCUCUGAGCGUGAGGCCACCCUGAGGUGCUGGGCCCUGGGCUUCUACCCUGCGGAGAUCACACUCACCUGGCAGCGGGAUGGGCAGGACCAAACACAGGACACAGAGUUUGUGGAGACCAGGCCUGCAGGGGACGGAAGCUUCCAGAAAUGGGCAGCUGUGGUGGUGCCUCCAGGAGAGGAGCAGAGAUACACGUGCCAUGUGCAGCACGAGGGUCUGCCGGAGCCCCUCACCCUGAGAUGGGAGCCGCCUUCCCAGCCCAGCAUCCCCAUGUUGGGCAUCAUUGCUGGCCUGGUUGUCCUUGGAGCUGUGCUCAUUGGGGCUGUGGUCGCCACUGUGAUGUGGAGGAAGAAGAGCUCAGGUGGAAAAGGAGGGAGCUACACUCAGGCUGCCUGCAGCGACAGUGCCCAGGGCUCGGAUGUGUCUCUCACAGCUUGUAAAGCGUGAGACAGCUGCCUGUGUGGGACUGAGCAAUGCAGGACUUCUUCCCGCCUCCCCUGUGUGGCGUCAGGAGCCUCUGACUUCUCUGUGUGCAAAGGCACCUGAUGACUCUGUGACCCUGUCAGCAUCGUGUGAUGGGGUGGGGAGGCCAGUCCUGCCCUGUGUCCUGCACCCUCUGCCACACUGGUCCCACACUGGUCUGUGUCCUGUGCCCUGUCAUUAUGCCUAUUCCAGUGAGGGAGGGCUGGGACGUCUCCAUCCCUAUCUGAUCGUCACAGUGCACUGAGCUCCUUCCCUAAUGAAAAUAAGAAUUGAAAAUAAAUUUAUUUUCUCCAAUUAUUUCAAUUA